ACCAUUAUUCUCUGAUUGUGUUGAAAGAUAGCAUAUAGACAAUUAGACACCAAAAUAUUAAAAGAAACUUUUUAGAAUUGUUUAUGCUUUUACAUAGAGUCAUAGACUGACCAGUUUAUACGUUUAUUUUCUAGUUUGAUAAGUUUAUUUUGAGACAACAAGGCAGACCGCUAUUGAUGCUAAUGUUGCUCAACAUAGCUGGAAAACUAGACUAAUACGGUCAUAUUGAACUAAUUGAAGGAGCAGAGAUAUCACACCAACACCAUUUACAAUAUCCAAGAUGGAAUCCAAAAAUGUCGAGGAAAAAGAUCCUAAUUCAAGUGACAUAAAUAGAAAUAUCACUGAUAUCAUUUCAAUGACACAAGCUGCAGAUGGUGCAUUGCUUGAAAUCACACGCAUCCUCGAUCGUGUUAAAGAAAUUUUAGCUGGCGAUAGCGACCUCGAUGAUUCGCAGACAAUUGAAUACAACGCUUUGUUUAGCGAGGUGAGCAAGAUUAUACGUGAUACAUCGUAUGGGGGAAAAAUACUCCUCGACGGUUCGUUUGGUUUCAACACACUAAAGAUUGGGAAAGGAUCCAAAGACACGAUGACAUUUUCCAUGCCAGAUCUCAACAAGGUUUCAGGAAGGUUGGAAAAGAUUAAUACUGCAAAAUCGCAGCAACAGGAAGCAAUUGUAAUUGUUGAGAGUUUUCUCACUCAAGUGAAGGGUGAACGCUCCAAAUUGCCUGUUCUUCUGGAUCGUUUAGGCAAUGCUGUAUGCAGCAUGCGCUUUGCAUUGCCAGUCGAGUCAAAGCCGAAUCGAAAUUCAAUAUUUUUGGAUAUGCCACAGGAGCAGACAGAAAUGACAACUAAUGAUAUACUUUCGCAGGCAGGGAGGUCAGUUUUAGCCACGGUGAAGAAAAAGCCAAAUGAAACAUUAACUUUAAAUGAUUAGUAUAUAGUGUUUACAUAUAUAGUCAUGCUGAUGACGAAUUGAUUUUAAUAGCAUUGUAAUUAUGUUAUCUUAAGUCACUGUGAUUGUGUCUUCUAUUUGGUGUUUCUAAAUGCACCACCACGCUGGGACAACUUGACGUUCAAUUGCAAAGCGAGUUCCAUGUCAAUCAAAUUUUCCCUAAAUUUUAUUGCGAGAUGGCGUUGAAAGUUGUUCCGCGUAAACAUCACAAGCAAUACAUUUGAAUACGCAACGAAUUUAGCUGUAUAUACAUAUAUCACCAACAUCGGUAAAAACAAUUAGAUAAUUUAGAAUAAUAUGCGGACGUUUUUGUUGCAAUUAUUGCUACUCUUGGGCGAGAUGUCAUUAAAUCAGGGGGGAGAAUAAAUAAUUAUCAGCGGGGGGGGUUCAUUACGAAAACAAACAACAAUGGCACUGUUACAAUUACAUUAAUAAAUGUUUCAAAUAAAAGUGAAUAAAUGGGAAACGAGGCUAGUUCGGAGGUGAAUUCAAACGAGGAAGACAUUGGCAUUGCAUUGUUUGAAAAAGUACGUUCAUUUCAUGAGGAAAACGCGGCGAAAAUCACUGGAAUGCUGCUGGAAAUGCCAGCUGACGAUCUCAAAAACAUUUUUUCGGAUGAUAGCAAACUCAUGUCACAAAUCUACGAGGCGAUCAAGGUUCUGGAGAAGGAGACGGAAAAAGACAAACGGGAAUUGCUAGGCGAUGCCUUGUAUUCUGAAGUUGAAGCUGUGUAUUCAGAACACGACAUUGCUGAGAAAAUUACUGGAAUGUUGCUCGAGUUACGAUUGGAAGAUAUCGAGAGAUUGAUGCAAAAUAAAAAUGACUUAUUGGUUAAAAUUCGUGAGGCCUUUGAGGCACUGCAAAGACAUAAAAAUACUGCACUUCAUGCAAGCGAGACCACUGACGAACCACUGACCAAGGCAGAAAUGGGUGACAAGAUAUUUGACAGAAUUCAACAGUGGUACCCAGAUGACGAAAUGGCUGCUAAGUUGACUGGAAUGUUAUUAGAAAUCAACUCGGAUGAGAUAAAAAAAUUAACCCAGGAAGACAAACUUCUCAAAAGUAAAGUAGACGAGGCUUAUCAUGCUAUGAAUAGAGAUGUUUAUCAAUAAUAAAACAACACAAUGCAUUCUGU